GAGAGAGAGAGAGAGAGAGAGAGAGAGAGAGAGACAGAGGACACCGCGCAACGGCAACCUGAGACGCGCGUCCUCCGUCAGAGAGAACGAGAACUUUGAUGAUUUGACGGUGAAACUGAUGGAAACGUAGAGAUGAUGUUCCAGUCCUUGAUGAUGGAUUCGUCUUUCAGCAUGUCGAGCUAUGCUGUCCUUGUGCUCGUCUCCUAAUAGACUGCCGAUCCAUUUUUCUUCUCAAAUACUUCUGCUAUAUACAACAGCUUUUGUGAUUCCGCGUGAAGAACAGUGAAGGGAACAGGGCGCAUUGUUUCAAUUUUCAUUAUUAUAAAGGACUUCCAGGAUUCGUGAUGUCUGCAACAUACCGCUCCUUAUUCCUUCUGCUGCUGAGUUUACUCUCAGUCGGGGCUCAGACCGAGAUGAAGCGGGUUGUCGGGGACAAUGCCACAUUGCCUUGUCAUCACCAGUUCUGGCAGUCGAAUGGACAAACACUGGACAUCGAAUGGCUCCUGCAGAAACCCAACGUCAAACAACGUGUGAUCAUCACAUUCUUCAACAACGAGGUCUACACUAACGACAACCACGCCAGUCGUCUGUCCUUUGCGGGCGACUACCUGAACGGAGACGCCUCUCUCCUGAUCAGCGAUCUGCAGCUGACCGACUCUGGAGAAUACCACUGUAAGGUCAAGACUGGCGGCAAAUACCACUGGAGCCAAGUCAACCUCAUUGUGCUGGUGAAGCCGUCUAAACCCCGCUGCUGGAUGGAGGGCCGGCUUCUGGAGGGCAGUGAUGUGAAACUGAGCUGUAAGUCUUCAGACGGAUCCGACCCUAUUCACUACAAAUGGGAGAGAGUUCUGGAUAAGGGCAAGAGCGUGGGAAAACUGCCUACCCUCGCACUCAUCGAUCUGAAGAACCCAGAGAUCGUGACCUUGAGGAACUUGACGCAGGACAGCUCUGGGGUCUAUAAGUGCACUGCCAGCAACGAUGUAGGAGAGGAGAACUGUAUCAUCGAGGUCACAAUGCAAUAUGUGCGGGGCAUGGGUGUGGUGGCUGGAGCCGUGGUUGGUGUUUUAUUCGGUGUUUUGCUCCUCAUUCUCAUCAUCUGGCUGGUCUUCCGCAAGAAAGAGAAGAAGAAAUAUGAGGAGGAGGAGACGCCUAAUGAGAUCAGAGAGGAUGCAGAAGCUCCUAAAGCAAAGCUGGUGAAGCCCAACUCCCUCUCCUCAUCUCGCUCUGGCAGCUCCCGCUCCGGUGCUUCUUCCACUCAGUCCAUGGUGCACAACAGCGUACCCCGAGGCCAGCGUCCACGGCCACCCGCUGUCACCGCCCUCAAGGAGAACGGACAGCCCCAUGGGUUCCCCCAGUCUCCCCCGGCCUACACGCAGGUCGUGCCUAAAACCCUAGAACCCCCGCCCACCCCAAAAUUCAGACCCCCCAAUCCUCCAGUGGGCAUGUCGAUCCCGGCGGGUGUCAUGGUCCCUGCUCAAAGCAAGGCCUUUCAGACAGUGUAGAGAGUAAAGGAAGCACGGCCUGGUGCGGGUCUCCAUACAAGACACCCACAGUGACUCUUCCAAAAGUUGCAACUACGAUUGGAAAAAUACAAUACACACAAAAAAAUAAAAGCAUAAUUAAAAAAUAAAAUCAAUCAUAUAAAAUCUAAAAAGUUGAAUGCAUAUUUACAAGGGAAAAUACACAGUGCUUGCCCCCUUCUGAAGUAUUAAAAGAAAACAAGGCAGGAACUGAAGAACAAGAAUUUUUAUUCUCAUUCUUUGGUUCUCUCCCCUUCUUUUGAUCUCAUGGCACAGCUGACCCUUUUUUCACAUUAUUUGUUUUGCUUUCUCUUUUUGAGCUCUUGAAGGCUUUGUGGGCGGUGGGGUGGAAAGAUUUCCCCAAGUGCAGUUUAUUUAUUUAUUGCAUCAGAGAGGCUAAAGGUCCAAGGGCAGGCUUGGUUUAUGAAACAUGAUGGUGAGAGGAAGGACCAGCCGACUCUGAAGAGAAAUGAAGGAUAUUAUCCAAGAACCUGUUGUUUCUGUCGAAGACGUGGGGGCGGCUUUGGGAACAUGAACUGUCCAUCUCAUUCCCAUUCAAUUUUCCUAGAAUGCAAUGCAACAUUGACUGUGGCUCAGACAUCAAAAUCAAUCUUAUUAUAAUACCUUAACAAACCACUGAAAUUAAGUGAAAUGAUCGGAAGAAAUGGUCCCCGAUGGACAUUUCAGCACGUGGAUGGUGCCGUGCCAUUGAUGUAGCGACACAGAGAGACUUUAACAGUUCAGUCAUCAUGUAACACACUGUGGGGCGAAUUCACUGAACCGUUUCGCUACCUUAGCACGAUAUAUUUCACAAAAACACACCUGUUUAAAUGAUGCCGUUGUCACUGGUUUUUGCGCAAACCCACUUUUUCUAUGUAAAUUAGGCUGAUAUUGUAUCUGUUCAUCAAAAAUCACUGCUUCUAAUGUUUUGCUAUUAUUGCCCACAGAUGCAAAUGGAAAAGAAAUUCAGUAUAAGAGAUUUCAUCUAUGUUUUCUAGCAGUGAUAAUUCAUCAAAUGAUGGAAGAAGAGCAUUGUAUCUGUUAAACCUUUAUUUUGGUAGUCCACUUCCAAUUGCUAUAAAGUAACUUUGCAACUACAUGUCAACUACAGGUAGCAGUCAUUUAGAGUAUUAGACUGUCUACUUAAUCUGCUAGAACUUUAUUUUGAUGGUUCCCAACAGACAUUCAACUGACUAUAAGUAACUUCAUCAACUCAUUCCAUUAACCCUAAUCCUAACCUAACAGUCUGCUGAUACUCUAAUGAGAAUUAGUUGUCAUGUAGUUGCAGAGUUACUUAGUAGAAUGUCUGAAGUUGACUGUCAAAUGUGUCAUGCAGUCAAGUGCACUUUAAUCACCGUUUCAGGUGCCUUGCAUUGCUGUAUGUACAUUCCCAGUAAAGUACACCAGAUUGCGGGAAUCUGCUGGAUCCUUCACAAUCUAGCACUCAGAACUGACCUGUGUAAUAGCGGCGCGCAAAGUGACGGAGCCAGUGAUUUGUGCAAUUUGUGAACUGGGUGUUAAAAAACACAAUGUUUGGAAAUUGACAAUGCCAUUUGUGGGUGUAAUUGAUCCUAAGUGAAUUCCCCCUGUGUGUCAACUGCUCUCUACACACUGCUAUGAAUUUCUGCAGUUAAAUCUGUGUAUAUACAUGGAGUGUACUGUACGUCCUUGACAGAAAGUCUGCGGUCUGGUUUCGGAUGUCAUCCUCAGCGUUUCAUGGACUUAAGUUUGUAUUACAUACUGACCGCGGUAUAUUUGUUACAGCUGUAUUUCCAAUGAUACUGAAACCAAAACUGGUCACGAAUACUAUGAAUGUGUAAGUCGAAGAUAGUUUUGUUUUUUUAUGUAUUUUUUCCUUCUUUUCUAGAAUACCCAGUGGUACUGCAUAACAGCAUAUGAGGCACAAGUAACUUUGGACUAUAAUCUCAAAGUACUGUGGACAAGUAAUUGAAAGGGAAUUUCAUAACAGGGACUUAUGUACAGAGCGUGUGUGAAACUAGUGCGUGUGUGUGCAUUUGCGCUACUCUCCUUCUAGUUUGUGUAUGAACCACGGUACCAUCCCAGGACUCUCCUAGGACCCUCUAACAACAGGCUGUCUCUUUGUGCCAGCCGCCCCGCGCUGUCAAAACCCUUCCAUUAGUGGUGUCUCGAAGCCCCUGGGAAGACCUUGCUUGGUGCAUUUGUGAAAUUUGAAAUGGACAAGUUGCUUGUUUUGUGUGCCUUCACAGUGAAUUCUUUCCCUGAGAUUGUUUUUGUCCUUGGUUCUUUGAAAUGUACCAGACCAAAAAAAAAUAAAGAAAAAGAAAGCUAUGUGUAAAACGGCCCCCAUCAUCGGAGGGAGAGAGCGCUCUGGCACAAAGAGUCGGCCCAAAUGCAGCCCCACGAAUAAUGUACACUCUGUAGUCAUGAUGCUGUUUUAUAUUGUACAUACAGCUAAAUAUACGCACACAAUAUAUUUUAAGUUAUCAGUUGAAGAUUGGGGUCAUAGGCCAUAAUAAAGAUGUAGAUGAGGUAUCAUGCAUUUUCAGAGAGUAAUUAUUGGUCAUUGUAGCCCCUGACCCGCUAAGCUCCCUUUAAAAAGUAAAAUCAUUUCCUUCUUAAUGGCUACUUGUAUAUCUGCCAUUGAUGGACCUUAAUAUUCAAAAGAGGAAAAGCCAUAAGACGUGAGGAAGCAAGCAUACAACACUCUUUUUGGGACACUUUCAAGUGUACGUGCCAACCUUGUUCGUCAUUCUUAUUGGGUUGCAGUCUGUAAUGUAGCCGAGUGCUGCCUAUGCCAAUUCACCGCCUUCCUGUUACCUUCCCCAGCAAUUGUGUUUGAUACACACCGAUAUACUUCUUCCCAAGUGUACACACACACUGCUUCCCAAGUGUACACAGCCUAACAUGACCUCAUAAAAAGAGAUGCACUCAAGACGCGCUCUCCAGAGCCGCAUUCUCGAUGAGGUGGUGUAGGCGGUGUUGCUGGCUGAACUGUUGUCAGUAAGUGUGAUGGAUGGGCUGUCAUGCAGAGUGGGGAGUGAAUGAUGGGAAUUGUAAGGAGAACACAGGGUCCAAACCCCAAUACCUUUACCUCCAAUACAGCGAGCGAGGCAAAACCCAUCCAGUUGGGCCUUCACAAUAUGGCUGUUUUUGUAGGCAGUUACUCUUCUUGUCCAAGUGUUGGAAUAUUGGCUCUGUUCCAAAACCUAUUGAGCUGCCUUGCUGUCUACUGCCUAUAUAGGUAGCUGGCUCAAAGGUUAGCAUCCUAAUAGAGUGCAAUAGUGCCAGUCCACUUUCAAUGGCCUUGGUUCCUGAAGUAUUUUUCCUGUAGAUUGAUUUUUAAACAGUCUUCAUUCAAGCAUUAUAAGCCAUGAACCACACUUACCAGUUACGAGGUAAAUCACAACAUUAAAAAACUUUGAUUUGAAGCAAAAAAAAUAUUUGAACAUUGGAAAAUAAAACAAAUGUAUAACUUUAUUGAAGGAAAGAACUACAAUGCUGUGAGUGAUACUGUAUAUACUGUACGUAAAUAUAUAGAAAAUUGGACAGGAGCUAAGGAGUUUAUUUGGUGCAGUUGGCUUGUUGUGAUUCUCUGAUCGGUCAAGAUUCCUUAGCAGAAUCAUGGAAAGCAUUGUUUUUUCCACUGUUAAAUGCAAACAUUUUAAAAAUAGGUUGACAUAACUGAUAACUGAUGGUGUAAAUAAAAGCAUUCAUCUAUGGAAAACAAAAAAUAAUGGAUUUUUUAUUUCCGGAACCCGAAUGUUGAAAUGGAACACCAUCAACAGAAGAUAAAAUCAUUAAGACUGUUAUGAUUUCAAUAGAGCUUGGCGUAAGAUGUUGCCAAGCUAAUGACAAACUCUAGUUAUCGUUUUUCAUUCACUGUCCACCAUCUUGGAUGGAAGUUUUUUUUUUUUUUUAUUAUUCUGGUUGAAAUGCAUCAUGUGAUUGCAAUUUGCAAAAUGCUGCCUUGCUGUCUACUGCCUAAACAGGUGAAGAGCCUCCAAGGCUGACUUAUCCUAAUCUAUAACAUGCUGUUAAAUUAGGACCAUGCUAAUGCCAAACUCUGAAAGGAAAGGUUGAGGUUUCUAAUUUCAAUACAGUUGCUAAAGGUACAGUUGCUCCAUAUGUAAAGAGUUUCAGAAUAAAAAUGCAUAAUACACCAAUAUUGACUAAAAUAGUCAAUUUUAAUUAGAUUUAUCUGAGUUUAUUGCAAUUCAUCAUGCGAUUGCAUUAUAAGAAUCCAGAUAAUGCUGCCAUUGAAAGGUAUCUCAGAACCUUUUGGAACAGCUUUAUAUGCUUUAAAAUUCUGCCUACAUAGGCAACUCUGUGGGUUUUGGAACAGAGCCAUUGUUGUAUGUUUAUUUUGGUCCUUUUUCUGUUUUAGGACAUUACAGCACCAAACUAGCCAAGAUCGGCCCUCUUUAUUACAAGGAAAGCUGAUUGAAAGCUUGCCUUCCAGUGGUUCUGUUCUCACAUUCAGGCACUUAAGGUGAUUUGUAUUCCUUUUUUAGCCCUCCCCAGCGUCUCCCAGCAAGAAGAACCAGUCUAUUUCCUCAGACAAUUAAUCUUUAGUGGCUUUUAUUUCAACACUGUUAAAGAGCUGGCAUGGUGUUUAGAAACCAUCAGUGUAUGUACACUCUUCCAUAGAGCCGCCAAAGCAUCUGAAGCUGUGCUCACGUUGCAUGAAGACAUUCAGUUUUGAAUGGGAGCUCAAUCAAGGGAAUGAGUUAAGGCCCAUCUGCGAUGUAUUUUUGAGAUAAUGUUCUAUUUAAAAGACGUACUUGACUGUCUAUGUAGCCUCUAACCGAUCAUUGUUACCCAACAUGGUUGUUAUUAAAAUAAUAUCCGAUAUUUAAAAAGGCUCCUUCGACUCCUCUUAGAAACUGUAGCAGUAUGUGUUACUUCGAGGGGAAUUCUUUUCCACUGGAAAAGCAAAGAGAUUGCAUGUUAUGGCCUAAAGGUCAGAUAUUGGGAAUGCUUUGCUUCUGUGUUCAUACCUGUAUUCGGCUGAAUAUGUAAGUGUAAAUAUGACCAACAUCCUCUCUGUCUUUUUUUUUUCAUUCACAUUGCUUUGUUUUAAUAUCUACUGUGCUUUCCUCUGUUAUCUUGAGGGAUUUUUUGUUGUUUUUGUUUUGUUUGUGAAUGUGGGAACUCAGGCCUGUAUUUGCCUGAGAGUCCUUGUCUGGUGAGACUGAAGGGAAAAUACUCAUGAUCUUCAUUUCUCUUUGCUGUUGCACACAUUUUGAGUUUUGUAAACCAGUUUGUUCAUUUUGAAGAAAUUCCAUUCUUGUAAAUAUGUCCCUCUACAAGUAAAAAAAUGUAUAUUUUUA